AUGUUGGUACGGAAUUCUGGAUUGUGGAAUGAUGAGAUGAAGGCGACAGCUAAAGAGUUAGAAGCAGGCCAAAAAACCCUUGAGAAACGGUUAAAGCGUCUGGCAUCUGACCAAAUCAAAAAAAAGAAAUCACGAGUUGAAUUCAAACAAAAGAUAGAGGAACUCUCACAGAUAAUCCAGCGGUUGCGAAAAAAUGACAAAAGACGAACAGAGAAACUGCAGGCUUGCAAAACAUUAGAUGAACUGCAUGAAGCGUUACUGGAACAUGAAUAUCGUAUAAGUCGAUCUGCGACUUAUUUGCGCCUUCUUCCUAGAAAUUCGACCUCCAUUGAAGGGAGGCGUCACAUAACAACAGUGCCUGUGAAACUACUUAAAGCAACAAACAGCGAGAGGCACAGGCAUGAUGAUGCACGCUUUGCUGCUGCAACAGACGACAAAGCCCGCGUCCCGCUGGGACUUCCUGCUGCCAACAAACAGUCAUCAAUACUUAUGCAUUUAGACUAUCGUAUUCAGCUACCCGACCAUGACUGGGUUGUUGCAAAGCGUCAUAAGCUCAUCCCAUCUGUCUAUGCUGUAUGUGUAGUGAAAAAGGAUCAUGUCAGCUACAGCGGACCCACAGCAAUUUUAAUUCGCAGCGGGAAACAUGACAGUAGUACAGCAGCCACUCAUGCAUACAAUUUUCAAACACUGCGAGGUAUUUCUCAGUUUGAAGAAGUCAUGUGUUCUGGAAAUGCAGUCAAACCAGUUGUCAUAAUUACGAUAGACGGUGGCCCAGAUGAAAACCCUAGAUAUCCAAAGACUCUAGCGGCAGCAUAUCAUGCUUUUCGCAAGAAUGAUUUGGAUGCUAUCUUCAUUGCAUGUCAUGCUCCUGGGCACUCGGCAUACAAUGCUGUCGAGCGCCGUAUGGCUCCACUUUUACGAGAAUUAUUUGGGCUUAUACUACCACACGACCAUUUUGGUUCACAUCUAGAUGCAAGCCUCAAGACAACUAAUGCUGAGUUGGAAAUGGCCAAUUUUCAGAAAGCUGGCGAAGUCCUUGCCGAAGUAUGGAACGCCACUGUCAUCGACGGUUUUGAUGUAGUAGCGACGUUUGUCCCUUGCUCUACAGGGAAAUUGGACCUUCAAGCACCACCAAACGAUUGGUUUGCAAGUCAUGUUCGACAGUCGCAGUACUGCUUGCAUAUAAUAAAGUGCAAUACAGAAGCAUGUUGUGGUCUAAAAAGAUCACAUUUCAAUGAAAUUUUUCCACAUCGUUUUCUGCCGCCACCAAUACCCUACAUCAUCACCAAGACAGGAAUUGCUUGUUCACAGAAACAAACAUGUUUUCUCUGCCAUUUGUACUUCCCAUCACAAGGUGCGAUGAAAACACACUCACGUAACCACAAGGAUAAAGGGCAGCCACCUGUUCAGCAAGAUCAAGAUGACACACCACAUGUUGAACAGGAUCCAGAUGAAGGAUACAGUGGGGAGAUUUUAUGUUCAGAAGCUGUUUCACCGCCUGUCAGAAUGGAUCAGCCCUUUCCAGUUGUGCGUAACCUUUUCGAAUGGUUGCAGAGUGCUUUCGUUGACAUUGAAUGA